AAGCUAGAGAUAAGAUGAUGUGUGUCUACAAAAAGGAGAAGCCACCCGGCCUGAACGAAGGAGACUGCAAUGCACCAUGGCCAUGGGGUCUCUCCAACCGAUCUCUCUCAACCACAACUACCACACCAUCUUUGCUGAGCCGCCAUUGAUGAACAUAACCAAACCUACUACUGCAAAACCUUCCAAUUCCUUCUUUCCCUUAACACUAUCGUCUCCCCAAAAGCCAUAUUCAUCCCUGAAAUGCAGAGAUUCUCUCCCUGCUGCCAUUCCCGAAUCAUCCAAUAAGCAUGACGAAGAAGAAGAAGAUGGUGAUGAUGAAGAAGGAAGAAAUCUGCAUGAAAUAUGGGCGGAGAUUCAAGGAUCCAAAGAUUGGGAAGGGCUGCUGGACCCCAUGGACUCCCAUCUCCGCCGCGAAAUCAUCCGCUACGGCGAGUUCGCUCAGGCCUGCUACGACUCCUUCGACUUCGACCCGCACUCCAAGUACUGCGGCACCUGCAAGUACGACGGCGCCCAGUUCUUCGAGAAGCUGGGCAUGGCGGACCGCGGCUACCGCAUCAGCCGCUACCUCUACGCCACCUCCAACAUCAACCUCCCCAACUUCUUCCAGCAUUCCAGCGUGAAUAGAAUCUGGAGCCAACACGCCAAUUGGAUGGGCUAUGUUGCCGUCGCUACCGACGAGGCGGAGAUCCGACGGCUGGGCCGCCGCGACAUCGUUAUCGCGUGGCGUGGCACCGUUACCUACCUGGAGUGGAUCCACGACCUCAAGAACAUCCUCCACCCCACCCAUUUCCGCGACGAUCCCGACAUCAAAAUCGAGUCCGGUUUCUUCGAUCUCUACACCAAUUCCAAGAAAGACACUGACUGCAACUUCUGCUCAUAUUCCGCCCGGGAACAGCUCCUGGCCGAGGUCAACCGUUUAAUCGAGAGAUACAAAGGGGAGAAUCUAAGCAUCACUGUUACCGGGCACAGCCUCGGAGCGGCCUUAGCUCUGUUAAGCGCAUACGACAUUGCAGAAAUGAAAGUUAACGUUGUACAGGAAGGCGAAGGCGAAGGCGAUGGCGAGUCUUCUUCUGCAUCAGCAGCAAUUAAGAUUCCGAUUUCUGUUUUCUCCUUCGCCGGUCCCAGAGUGGGCAACCUUAGAUUUAAAGAAAGGUGUGACGAGCUCGGGAUUAAGGUUCUGAGAAUCGUUAAUGUUCGCGACAAGGUUCCGACCGUGCCCGGGAUUAUCGCCAACGAGAAAUUCCAAUAUCAAAAGCAACUGGAAACCAUGCUCAAGAGUUUCCCAUGGAGCUAUGCGCAUGUGGGAGUGGAAUUAGCGCUUGACCACUCCUAUUCUCCGUUUCUAAAGACCGGCACCGAUCUCGGCUGCGCCCAUAACCUGGAAGGACACCUGCACCUCGUCGACGGGUACCACGGCGACGGCCGCCGGUUCCGCUCGGCGACAGGACGGGAUAUUGCGCUGGUGAACAAAGACUCCAACUUCUUGAAGCGGGAGCACGGCGUGCCGCCGCGGUGGAGGCAGGAUGAGAAUAAAGGGAUGGUGAGGACCAGCGACGGCCGGUGGGUGGUGCCGGAGCGCUCCAGGAUCGAGGCGCAUCCUUCCGACACCGGCCAUCACUUCCGCAAGGUUCUCCGCCUUGCUCGGGCAAGAUUUGAGUUAUUCGAGAAGGGAGUGCAAGUUUUUACUGAAUGAGAGGGUUUCAUUGAAAUAUCACCACGUAUUGGAGAACAUGUGCUUUGGUGAGAACGUGAGAACAAUCAUUUGUAUCCAUAUAAUAUUAUUUAAUGAUUUAGAUUAGAUUAAGUGUAUCUAAUAUUAUUUAAUGAUCUAGAUUAAAUUAAGUGUGUGCGAAUGCAUAUUAAAUGUGUGUAAACAGACUAAAUCGCGUUUGCACAUAUUUAAUGCACAUUCGCACACACUUAAUCUAAUCUAGACUAUUAAAAAAAUUAGAUGGAUGCACAUAAUGUAUUCUCACAUGAUGCGUUCUCACGUUCUCACCUAAGCACAUAUUCUCA